AGCCGGAGGCGCGGCGGGUGCAGGCUGGCAGCGUGGGCCCCGGGCACUGGCAGCGGUCGGGCACCUCCGAUCCCGGGACGCUGCAGGCGCCCCGGUGUCCGCUUAGAGUUUGAGAGGACCUGGCUCCACGGUUAGGACCGGUUUAUCCUCAACACAGGAGGGUCCCAAGUUAGGCAUGAUGGGUGCCAGCCCUUGGCGCGCCCUUCGAGAGCCAAAAAGCCGAAAUCAGACAUGCACACGGCCGUCCUGAGACGGGAUAAGUUAAGUGCUAAGAGAUGGGAUCGUGUCAGCACAGCCAUAGAUGUAAGUGGAGCUGGAAGACCGGUAGUGGAACUCCUUGGGGAGAGAGUCCCCAAGGCCCUCCUUACUGUUGGAGGACUGUCUGUUUGCCUGGAAUAUGCUACUCCCAUCAACGUGGUAAAAAGCAUCAGAUGUCGAGACUCAGGUCAGCAUGCUAAUCCCAUUCUCCAUGAAGAAUUGCUUCCAGUUACUUUGUAAUCUCAAGGUCCCAGCAGCUGGCUUUAAAAACACAGUUAAAAGUGGACUCAUUUUACAGUCGAUUUCCAAUGACGUUUACCACAAUCUGGCUGUGGAAGACUGGAUCCAUGACCAUAUGAAUUUAGAAGGCAAGCCCGUCCUUUUCUUGUGGAGGAAUUCUCCCUCUGUGGUAAUUGGUCGGCAUCAGAACCCUUGGCAGGAAUGUAACCUGAAUCUGAUGAGAGAAGAAGGUGUGAAACUGGCUCGGAGGAGAAGUGGAGGAGGCACAGUCUACCAUGAUAUGGGUAACAUCAACUUGACUUUUUUUACAACCAAGAAAAAGUAUGAUAGGAUGGAGAAUCUAAAAUUAGUUGUGAGAGCCCUGAAGGCUGUCCAGCCACACCUGGACGUGCAGGCUACUGAAAGAUUUGACCUUUUACUUGACGGACAGUUUAAAAUCUCAGGAACAGCUUCCAAGAUUGGCCGCAAUGCAGCUUAUCACCACUGCACUUUGCUAUGCAGUACUGACGGGACCUUCUUAUCAUCUCUGCUGAAGAGCCCUUACCAAGGGAUCAGGAGCAAUGCCACGGCCAGCACACCUGCCUUAGUAAGAAACCUUAUGGAAAAAGAUCCCACUCUGACCUGUGAAGUAGUGAUAAAUGCUGUUGCCACAGAGUAUGCUGCUUCUCAUCAAAUCGAUAAUCACAUUCACCUAAUAAACCCAACAGACGAGACAGUGUUUCCUGGAAUAAACAGCAAAGCCAGAGAACUGCAGACCUGGGAAUGGAUAUAUGGCAAAACUCCGAAGUUCAGCAUAGACACUUCCUUCACUGUGUUACAUGAACAGGCACACUUGGAAAUUAAAGUAUUCAUAGAUGUCAAGAAUGGGAGAAUUGAAGUCUGUAAUAUUGAAGCACCCGAUCAUUGGUUGCCACUGGAAAUAUGUGACCAGUUAAAUUCAAGUUUUAUUGGUAGUAAGUUUUGCCCAAUUGAAACGACAGUGCUAACAAGUAUAUUACAUAGAACAUAUCCAGGGGAUGAUGAACUACACAGUAAAUGGAAUAUUCUGUGUGAAAAAAUUAAGGGAAUAAUGUGAUUCCAAGUAAAUUUCUUAAUGUUGACAGUUUUGAUGAGAAAAUUAAAAUGUUUACAGUGCA